UCACAGCAUAAACUCCUUGUUCACUUUACAUUUCUUGGCUCCCGGGCUUGCAGGCAGGACGUGUCUGGCUUUCAGCGUCAAGGUCAGUGGGUAAAAAGAUGGCUAGCACAUUCUCACGUCUCCUAGCUGGUCGAAGAACUGCUGUUCUCUUUGCAACAGUUAGUGGUGGAGCCUUGACUACGGGAUAUUUGUUGAAUCAGCAGAAAGUGAAAGCUGGAUACUAUGAGAGGCAAAAACUGUUUCCUCCAAGUGCAGACUAUCCUGAUCUUCGUAAACACAACAACUGCAUGGCUGAGUGCCUCACUCCAGCAAUCUAUGCCAAAUUGAGGGACAAGAUGACUCCCAAUGGCUACACACUGGAUCAGUGCAUCCAAACUGGUGUUGACAAUCCUGGCCACCCUUUCAUUAAAACCGUGGGCAUGGUUGCUGGAGAUGAAGAAACUUAUGAGGUAUUCGCUGAGGUUUUUGACCCAGUUAUCAAAGUGAGACAUAAUGGCUAUGAUCCAAAAGUAAUGAAACAUCACACUGACCUGGAUUCUUCCAAGAUUACCCAAGGACAGUUUGAUGAGCACUAUGUCUUAUCCUCUCGUGUCCGCACUGGUCGCAGCAUUCGAGGGCUGAGCCUACCUCCUGCCUGCUCCAGAGCAGAGAGGAGAGAAGUGGAAAAUGUUGUUGUCACUGCUUUAGCUGGGCUGAAAGGAGAUCUGGCUGGGAAGUACUAUAGCCUGACCACUAUGUCUGACAAGGAGCAACAACAGCUUAUUGACGACCAUUUCCUAUUUGAUAAGCCAGUGUCCCCUUUGCUAACAUGUGCUGGGAUGGCCCGUGACUGGCCAGAUGCCAGAGGAAUCUGGCACAACAAUGACAAAACAUUUCUCAUCUGGAUCAAUGAAGAGGACCACACCAGGGUGAUUUCCAUGGAAAAAGGAGGCAACAUGAAAAGGGUCUUUGAAAGAUUUUGCCGUGGAUUGCUAGAGGUUGAAAGGUUAAUUAAAGAACGAGGGUGGGAGUUCAUGUGGAAUGAACGCUUGGGAUACAUCUUGACCUGUCCUUCCAAUCUGGGAACAGGAUUACGUGCAGGAGUCCAUGUUAAACUUCCAAAGCUCAGCAAGGAUCCAAGAUUUUCAAAAAUCCUGGAAAACUUGAGACUUCAGAAGCGUGGCACUGGUGGAGUAGACACAGCUGCAGUAGCAGACAUAUAUGAUAUCUCCAACCUAGACCGCAUGGGCCGAUCAGAGGUGGAACUCGUUCAGUUAGUCAUUGAUGGUGUCAAUUAUAUGGUUGACUGUGAGAAGAAGUUGGAGAGAGGUCAAGACAUCAAAAUACCACCACCACUGCCCCAAUUUGGAAAGAAGUGAAGCUGCUUCCAAUGAUUAUUAAUUGACCUGGAUGUGUCUGUUGUGGCAGACUAUUAACGCUGUAUAUUUAGUUCCUAAAA